UCUCUUUCUCCGCCCUCCCGUCCCGCACCCACCUGGCCUGGCCUGGCCACCUCCCUCCUCCCUUCCAGUCGUCCCGUCCUCCCCGUCGACCGCCACAUCCCCCGCCCCUCCCCCGAACGCCUCGCGAGGGCGGCCCCCGCCGCGCCGCCGGGAUCCGCGGCCCGGGAUCCUACGCCGGAAUGCCCGCGCAGAAGCGCCAGCUCCCCUUGCCAUCGUCCUCCAAACCCCGCGACCACGUCGAGGCCAACGGGGCGGACGCUCCCUCGGCCGGCGCCGCCGGCGGGGGAGGAGGAGGGCUCCAUCCGACGCCGGCCGGAGGCGCCGCCAAUCGGGCGACCGACCCGCAGCCGCUGCGCGCAGGCGAUUCGGGCGCGAUGAGCGGCGGCGGCGGCGCGUACAGCGACACCGAGUCGUCGGAGAGCGACGGCGACAUGGACGAGUUUGUGCUCGUGAAAUUAGCAGAAAUCCGAAAAGAAGUCCAGUGCCCAAUCUGUUUAGGCAUUAUCCGGAAGACAAGAACGGUUAUGGAAUGUUUGCACCGAUUCUGCAGGGAUUGCAUUGAUAAAUCUAUGAGGCUAGGAAAUAAUGAGUGUCCAGCAUGCCGUACUCAUUGUGCAAGUCGACGUUCUUUGAGGGAUGAUCCUAAUUAUGAUGCACUUAUUGCAACCUUGUAUCCAGAUAUUGAUAAGUAUGAGGAAGAGGAACUUGCUUUCGGUGAAGAGGAGAGGACUCGGAAUAAGAAGAUUCAAGCAACCAUCGAGGAGAUGAUUCGAAAGCAGUCGGAGGCCCUCGGUAAGAAGCGUCCUACGGCAAAAGCUACUGCCAGUGCUUUUGCAAGGAAGUACAGGAGAAAUGUGCGUACCCGUGGGAGAGGUAGAACGGUUGCUCGUGAUAUUGCCCCUACUGGCUCUGAUGAUGAGGAUAGAGAAGAAGAAAAUGCUAAUGUUGAGAGCAAAGAGUCGCCUUCUCCUGAUAACCAGUCUCCAGAUUUAAGGCAGAGAAGAGGUAGAAAAAGGCCUGCACCAACACCUUCUCCUGCUAGAACCAUUGCCAGUAGUGACCACGGAUCUGAGGAGAAUGACGAAGUAGUAUCUCUAAAAGAAGGUUUCACCACCUCUCCAUUGCGGGGUGAGAUGCUCGCAUGGGGAAAAAAUGGCACAAGAAGCCAAACUCGGUACAACAAUGCUGGUGGAACAAACGGCAGGCUGGGGAAGGGUGGGCGUUUCGCGAAGUUGGUGGACCACCUCCGUGCAACUGAUGAAAACAAGGAGUUCAACUUGUAUCUUGUUCUUCUUCCUCUUGAUGGACAAACAACGCCUAACUUGGAAAAGCCCUAUCUAAGUUGUCGACCAAGGGUGUCCAUUCGACAUCUUCUACAGUUCAUUGCUCUUCAGUUGUCUCGGCAAGUUGAAGAACUUGAGAUGUAUAUAAGGGUGGACCUCCACAAUAGAAGUGUUGCAGUGAAGGACUCUGGUUCUGCUGAGACAAAACUGUCUCUCUUUGAUGGCUUGGAAAGAUUGAGGGAAGACAAGCUUCUGUUGGACCUUCACCCUUCAUUUGCCUCUGGUAAUGGUGAUCUGGAAUUGAUAUAUGCUCUGAAACGCCAAGGCUAGAUAUCUAUUUUGUGGCGGCCUUUUAUCAUUGUUAUCAGUUUGUGGAUCACAGCUGGUUUUAUGGUGCAUAUCAGGUCUUCAUCGGGAUACCGGUGUGUGUAUAAAGGAUUCCAUGUGCAAAAUGGCGAAAUUGCUUUUUCUCAUGAGUUCUUGUUUAGACUGAUCGACUGUCUUUGUAACAUAUAUAGAUGUUUAUGGUGUUAAUACUAGUGAAUUGAAUUGAAAGUGUUAGUUUUAAAUUGGUAAAGUAAGAUGUCUCCUUUUAGUUCAUUUAUAUACCAGUUGCUGGGAUCAUGGAAAAUUGGGAGCUAAAGUGGUCAAGAAAUUAUUUGUUGUUUUCA